AUGGAUCAGAGGAAUUUGAAGAAUCUGUUGGACUUUAUUAGCAAUUAUUCGGAUAUUAACGCCAUUUGUCUGCUCUUAAAACCUAACAACACUCGGGUUGACGUGAUUUUCAAGAGUUGUUUGUUACAGUUGUUCAGUCACUUGAAUAAGUCUGCGGCCGAUAACAUACUGUUCCUCUACACUAAUACCCAUACACCGGGAAACUCGGCCACAAUAUUAAUAUCUGAGUUGAAUCGUGUCAGGAAUGACAAUCCGGAUAUCAAUAUCAAACACAAUAAGCAAAUAAUUUAUUGUAUAAAUUACAAACCAUUCACGUAUGCCGUGGCAGCUUCCUCACCCAAUAAUAUUGAGUUAAGUACAGACUUGAAAAACGACCAGGAUAUAAAAUGGAAAAGAUCUAAUGUGGAAUGCAAACGACUAUUGGACUAUAUUUGUGGCCUUUCAACUUUAGUUGUCAAUAUGGCGCCACCAAUUGGAAAUGAACGAAAACAGGACACCCAAAGAAACCUUGGUGAUAAACAAAACGAAAUCACCUUGCUAAUGGUGAGUGAGUCGGGGGUGGAAAAGUCUACAUUCAUCAACGCAUACGUUAAUUAUAUGACUUACGAUACUAUGGAUGAGGCCAGAGAUGGGAAAAUCAAAUGCUUAUUGAAUGAGAAAUUCACAUUAAUGGACCAGGAUACCUAUGAACUCAAGACAAUUGGCUUAUAG